GCUCUGGCUGAGCCGGAGACUCCGCCCCUUUACGAGCAUCAGGACACCUUCAGCACAACAAAGCAUGUGUCGCUGCGAAACAUUGUUACUCUCCUGAACGUCAGGAAUAUAUACCGGGAAAUUAUCGGAUAUUUUUGGGCCCUUUUUUGUCUCCCUUGAUGCUAAACUCAGAUGGCUACCAUGACAACAGAGGCAAGUGCUGUGAACGAGGCCGACACUGAGGGCAAGCAGAAGAGCAGCCGCGCGCCACCAGAAGCCGAACCUGUGCAGCAGGAAACGACCUCUACUGAGCAGGAGGGGGAGCAGUCGAGUGACAAGGCCCAGGAGCAGGCUGCUGAGCCUGGGCCUGCAGACGUAGCUACCUCCCCAGAGGAGGAGCAGCUCAAACCUCGUAGCAGGACCUCUGCCGGCAAAGGCCUCUCACGCCUCUUCUCCUCCUUCCUUAAGCGGCGCUCUCAGUGCUCGGACGGUGAGGGCGUUGAGGCUGAGAGAGCCAGCGACGAGAAGGCAGACAAAGAGAAGGCUGACAACGCUGAAGAAGAGAAGGUGGAAGAGGUGAAGAGUGAGGACAAGGAGUCCAAAAUAGUAGAGGAAAAAUCAGAAGUCAAAGAAGUUAAAAAGAAAGAAGAAGAGCAAAUAGAACAAAAAGAGGAGAAAAAGAAGGUGGAAGAAAAGGAAGAGGAAAAGGGAAAGAAAAGGGAGAAGGGAAAGACCAAAGGAAAGAAGGAGGACAAAGAGGAGAAUAAGCCAAGUGAGGAGCAAGUGAAAGCGCCAAUUGCCGCUCCAGAGCCAGAACUAAAACUUGAGCUGGACACAGAACAGGCUGGAGAUCACCAGUCAGUAAGCAGCGCUGAGACACAGCCUGCUCCAGAGGAGCAAAAGGAAGAACUGGAGAUAAAGAAAGAGCCUGAAGUAGAAGAAGAAAUAAAGGAGGGCACAGAAAAGGAGGAGGAGCCAACAGACCAGCAGGAGGUGACCAAAGGACAAGAAAAAACAACAGAGAAGACAAAGAAAGAGAAACCUCCAAAACAAAAGAAGACAGAAAAUAAGGCAGAGGAGGCUAAAGGCCCCAAACGUCCAAAAGCCAUGCAAUGCAAAGUCACCUUACUGGAUGACACUCUGUUUGAGUGUGAACUAGAUAAGCAUGCUAAAGGUCAGGAGCUUUUAACUAAAGUGUGUGACCAUGUCAACCUCCUGGAGAAGGAUUACUUUGGCCUGGCGAUCUGGGAAACCCCAACCAGCAAGACAUGGUUGGAGUCCAUCAAAGAGAUUCGGAAACAGGUAUCAGGUGGCGUCUAUGAGUUUACAUUUAAUGUGAAGUUCUACCCUCCUGAUCCAGCGCAGCUUACAGAAGACCUCACCAGGUAUAUGCAAAUGUACAACUUUAACUUUUUCGUUGAAGUUAUAUAACUUCAAUGAAAAGUCCAUCCUUCCUUCCAUCCAUCCA